CUCUUUUUUAUUUAUUUCUUUUCUGUUACUGUUGCUUUCCUUUUAGUUAUAACUAUGGGAUUUAUUGAUAAAUUACGAACGCAAUAUGAUUUACAUCAAGUGAAUAGAUACACAAAGCGACGAGAAACACAAUCAGAUUUUGAAUUCAAAGGCAAAGACUAUUAUCAAACACAUUAUAGAGAUGGUGUCUAUACUACCGUAAAUGAUGAUUCAAUAAUAGAAACUAAUGACAGUAAUUUACCCUAUGGUCGUCGACGAUUAUCAUCUCAUUCUAAUAAUAAUAAAUCCAUAACAUGGUCUACUACACUUUCCGAUCUUAUCAAAAAGUCAAUAAAAAAACAAAAGAGACAUUCUCUAGCUACUGAACAAAAUAAAACUUCAGAAUCAUACACACUGAAUGCUUAAUACAUACGAUAUACAUUUAAUAAAAGAAAAAAUGUAUAACAAGUAUGAAUAAAAGGUGUAUUUUCUAUUGUAGCACCCUGUCUCCUAAAAAGAAAAAAAAAAAAAA